CACAGUAAAUCACUGAGCGAUGAAGAAAACCUGAAACUCUUUGGGAAGUGCAACAAUCCCAACGGCCAUGGGCACAACUACAAGGUUAUAGUCACUGUGCGUGGAGAGGCAGCCUUUUCCCCCUGGUGUCAGGGAGCAGAGCCACAGGCUGCUGUGUGCACAUACAGGGGCAAAGUAGGGACUCAGUACGUGAAGAUUGACCCUGUCUCAGGAAUGGUUAUAAACCUGACAGACCUGAAAAAGUACAUGCAGCAGGCGAUCAUGGAGCCACUCGACCACAAAAACCUGGAUAAGGACGUGCCCUACUUCGCUGAGGUGGUGAGCACCACAGAGAAUGUUGCAGUGUUCAUCUGGGAAAACCUCAAGAGGCUCCUGCCUGUGGGAAUGCUUUAUAAAGUCAAAGUGUAUGAAACGGACCAGAACAUUGUGGUCUAUAAAGGAGAAGAAACGAUUUCUGAGAGAUGAAAUAAGCUGAAGCUCAACUGGUUGGAAACUGACACCUGCUCACGUCAGUGAACAGCAUCAGCCUUGCUCACUGUGUCCUGAAAUGAAGCCUUGGUUAUGUACUGCAGAAGAACCAACCAAGGUAGUUCUUCUGCCAGAGAUCUCAUAGCAGUUUGGGUUAUCACAAUUCACUGAUACAUCUGCCUUUCCUCAAGACAUUCUGGUUUCAUAAAACCAGAUUGCUGAGCUGAUGUGCAAUCUGCAAUUGUACCAUGCUGAAUAAAGCAGCUUUCCAGAGA